UCUCAACAGAGAAAGCACAUCUCUAAACGGGAGUCCCUGUGGAGGGGAAAACGAAGCCGAAUAUGAGCAAAAAAAGCAAGUGAAGUUCCUGUUGGCUACCCCCAAACUUCCAACGAACAUCGUGAUGCUAUAAAACAGCUGGCGAGAUCAUUGUUUCAAAACUUUCCAUCGCUUACUCCAUGCAACAAGUUAGUAGUAGUUCAUUAUUUUAAUUUUGUGUGUGUAUUCAGCAGUGGAAUCGUGUUGUGGUGGUGACUGUGUUCAGUUGUGUAACUGAUCAAGUGAAAGCAGCAACAGCCAAUCAAGAUGUGUGACGACGACGUAACAGCACUGAUGAUCGACAAUGGCAGCGGUGUCUGCAAAGCUGGCUUCGCAGGAGAUGAUGCUCCAAGAGCCGUAUUCGCUUCCAUCGUGGGCAAAGCCAGGCACCAGGGUGUCAUGGUUGGUAUGGGUCAGAAGGAUGCCUACGUAGGUGAAGAAGCUCAAACAAGGAGAGGUAUUCUGACUCUAAACUACCCCAUCGAACACGGCAUCAUCACCAACUGGGAGGGUAUGGAGACCAUCUGGCAACACACCUUCUACAACGAGUUGCGCGUGUCUCCAGAAGAACACCCCGUUCUACUAACAGAAGCUCCUUUGAAUCCCAAAAUGAACAGAGAGAAGAUGGUUCAGAUCAUGUUUGAGUCGUUCAACAACCCUUCGGUGUACGUAGCCAUUCAAGCAGUGCUGGCACUCUAUGCUUCUGGUCGUACCACCGGUGCUGUAACGGAUUCUGGAGAUGGUGUGUCACAUGUGGUCCCUAUCUAUGAAGGUUAUGCACUUCCUCACGCGAUCAUGCGUCUGGACCUCUCAGGUCGUGAUAUCACCGAAUACCUGAUGAAGAUCCUCACCGAACGAGGUUACUCCUUCACGACCACUGCUGAAAGAGAGAUUUGCAAAGACAUCAAGGAAAAGCUGUGCUAUGUCGCUCUGGACUAUGAUCUAGAGUUGAAAAACGCGACAACAUCUACAACCAUUGAAAAGAACUACGAGCUGCCUGAUGGACAAGUCAUCACAAUUGGAAGUGAAAGAUUCAGAUGCACAGAAACUCUGUUCAAGCCAUCAUUAAUCGGCAUGGAAUCAUUUGGUGUUCAUGAGGAAGUUUAUAAAGCCAUUAUGAAGUGCGAUAUUGAUAUCCGUAAGGACUUGUUUGCCAAUACUGUACUUUCUGGAGGUACUACGAUGUAUCCAGGUAUUGGUGAUCGUAUCCAAAAAGAAAUCACCUCACUGGCCCCAUCCACAAUCAAAAUCAAGAUCAUCGCUCCCCCUGAAAGAAAGUACUCUGUCUGGAUCGGUGGAUCCAUCCUGGCUUCCCUUUCUACCUUCCAGCAAAUGUGGAUCUCAAGGGCAGAAUACGAUGAACACGGUGCCAAGAUUGUCCACCAGAAAUGCUUCUAAAUCAUAUAUCCUAAUAGCUAGAAUAUCGAUUUUUAUAUUGACUAUGACAUGUGAGCUGAAAUCGUUUCACACGUACCCAUUGGAGACUGUUUAUGUUCAUCUGAAGUCUUUCAUGUGAAAUAUGCAUCUCUAGGUCAUAAGACAAUAAUGAUAUUGCCGAAAUGCAUCAAACUUAUUUGACUCUCAAAUAUAACAAGAGUAAAAAAUAUAAUUUUUAGACAAACUAAAUUUAAUAGUUUAUAUGAAAUGAAUGUUUACUAUUUCUACUCACAGAAUUUGUUUAAUUGGAAAAGCUGAAAAUCACUGUUCUAUUCUCCACAACAUUGCGGAUGACUAGAUAACGUUUAGAACAUUGAACGCACUUUAUAUUAUAUGAGGUUCAAUGUUUUGGCCUAGGAUCAUGCCUGAUCGAUUCCGUACUGGGAUGUAUUAAUAAUUACUCAGCCUUGGUUAGGUGGUAAACUAUCGAUUUUCCUUUCAUCGGGCUUUAUGCUACAUAAACAUAUUCUUACCUGUAAUCAUGCUGAAAUAGCUAUAUUUCAUGUGAUAGGCUUCUAUUGGACACUAUCAAAGUAAAGCACAAUGUUUUGAACUUGCUUUCACUUGAUGUAGAAUUUGUUAUCAAGUAAAGAUUUGUCUGUUGAGCUCACAAUCCUGUACUUGGAGGACAUAAUACAUAAUGUAUUUCUGCUACAUAAUUGAAUAAUUUACGAAUACUGUAGUCCCAAAUACAUAUAUUUUUAUCUAUAUAGUGUAAAGUUUCCAGAUGUAUAAACUAGCCAUACAUACCAAAAAAUGAAAUAAAUUGUAAACACUCCAUACAGGUAUCUACAACAAAAAUGUACAUAAAUAGUCGUACUAUAAUUUCAGGGCUGAAAAAGCAACCCAGAAUGUCAAAUCAGUUAUUAUGAUUUUGAGCAUCGUAAAGUUUCUAUAAUACAUUUAUAAUAAUUUCAAUAAAACUACAACACAAAA